CUGCGUGCGCUGCCGGGGCCGGCCUCUUGGGGGCGCUGGCCGCCUGCUCGGCUAAACUAGCUCUGGGCGCUGACUACUUGCGGACCGCCUGCCUUGCGCUCGUUGCGGAAGAGGAGUCCGCCGCUGGCCUUUGCCUUUGGCAACUGUUACUUCAACAGCUUCCAACUUCAUCUCUUCGCAACUCCCUCUUUCCAAACACCACCCACUGACCAGGCACAUUCUGACACCUCGACGGAGCGGAUAAAAGGGAGAAGGUUCCUUCAGCCCUUGAGGAAAACCUGUGGUGCAUAACACUUGUGCCUUUUCAAAACAUCCAAGAGCAAAGCCCAGAAGCCACCAUGAGUCAAGCUGGAGGUCCUCUGAAGGCUGUUGGAGUUGAUUUCCUCCGAAAAGAGAAUGUCUGUCUCCAUCAUACCUAUGACUAUGACAACUGUAGCCUGGUUGCGAGACGGGGACAGUUGUUCAGUAUGAAGUUGUCUUUUAACAGAGUGCUGAAUGAUAAUGACAAUGUCAUCCUGCAGCUCAGUACUGGUGACAAACCAAUGGAAUCCACUGGAACUCUUAUGCGAUUGAAUACCAGAUCCAAGCAAAGUGAAAAACCAAUGGAGUCCGCUGGAAGUCUUGUGCGGUUGAAUACCAGAUCCAAGCAACGUAAUCAAUCAUGGCAUGCAAACAUUUGUGAAACAAAUGGGAAGGAGUGCCUGAUAGCUGUAACCAGUCCAGCAGAUGCCAUUAUUGGAAAAUACGUUGUGAAGGUGGACACUGGGGCUAGCAUUUAUAGCUGUAAUGAACAUUUCUACCUGUUGUUCAACCCCUGGUGUGAAGCGGAUUCUGUUUUCCUGCCUGAUGAUGAUGAAAGAACUGAGUAUGUGCUCAAUGAUACUGGCUAUAUCUAUAUUGGAUCAACAAAAAGUAUACGGGGAAGGCCUUGGAAUUUUGGACAGUUUGAGAAAGACAUCCUGGAUUGCUGCAUGUACCUUCUGGACAAGAGCCAGCUUAAGCCAAAUGCUAGAAAAGACCCUGUCAUCAUCUCCCGGACUAUGUCAGCUUUGGUUAAUUCUCAGGACGAUCGUGGAGUGCUCUAUGCAAGCUGGUCAGGAAAAUAUACAAGUGGUACUUCUCCUCUGGCCUGGACAGGAAGUGUGCCAAUUUUGCAACAGUAUUACAAAACCCAAAAAAGUGUCCUGUUUGGCCAGUGCUGGGUUUUCUCUGGAGUCCUUACCACAGUUAUGCGUUGUUUGGGGAUUCCAGCCAGAAGUGUGACCAAUUUCGCAUCAGCACACGAUACAGAAGAAAAUCUAAAAGUUGAUGUCUUCUUGAAUGAAAAGGGAGAAAAAUUGAACAAUCUAACAAAAGACUCUGUUUGGAACUUCCACGUGUGGAAUGAUGUUUGGAUGAAAAGGCCAGAUCUGCCAAAGGGCUUUGAUGGCUGGCAGGCAAUUGAUGCCACACCUCAGGAAGUGAGCCAAGGGAUUUACCAGUGUGGCCCUACGCCAAUAAGUGCAAUAAAAAAGGGAGAAGUCUAUCUUCCCUAUGACUCUAAGUUUGUGUUUGCUGAAGUGAAUGCAGACAAGGUCUACUGGGUUGUAAAGAAUGAGGGGGGCGAAGAAAAAUACAUCAAGCUGCGCGAAGAAACCAAGGUGAUAGGGAAGAGCAUCAGCACCAAAGCCGUUGGGAAGAACGUCCGGGAAGACAUCACGGAUCAGUACAAAUAUCCAGAAGAGUCUCCUGAGGAAAGGAAAGCUGUGGAAACUGCUUGCUGCUAUCUUCAGUCUUGCAAUCUGGGCACCUUGGAAGACCCAUCUGCCCAGGAUUCUGUCAAAUCUGACUUAAAACUUGGGACGGAAGGGGACCAAGCACUAUGGCCUGGGCAACCCAUUGAGCUGAAUAUUGUUGUAAGGAACGAUUCUCUGGGUACAUGGACCAUCAACUUUGCUGCCUCUUGCCAGCUGGAAUCAUACACUGGGAAUGUAGAGGCCAGCCUUGCGACCGUGAAGCAGACAAUCAAAACAGAAGGCAAGCCAGUUAUUGAGAUCCCUCUGAAAAUAGCAGCUGAUGCUUACAUGAAGACAUUGAUGGUCGUAGAGGAUGAACUUCUGGUCAAGAUCAAUAUUAUUGCGGAUGUUCAAGAAACAAAUGAGAAGUUCAUGGAGGAACUGUAUUUCAACUUUGAGUAUCCCCCACUCAAAGUGGAGAUGGCAGAAAGUGCAAAGGUUAACGAAGAUUUUACCUGUGCAUUCAUUUUCAAGAACACAUUGUCCAUUUCCCUGGAAAAUUGCAAACUGCAUGUUGAAGGCCUGGGUCUCUUUACGAUGGAAACAUUUGAUCAAGGGGACUUAGCACCUGGACGAAUAUUUAAAUGCAAAAUAGUGUGUGCACCAAGGAAGACUGGGCUGAAGAAGAUUGUGGCCAAACUGACAUCCAACCAGAUUAGAGGGAUAACAACAGAAAAGAUGAUCUGCAUUACCAAGUAGAGCAUUCCCAAGUGCCGUUAUUGAGUGUCAGUAGAGCUGUAUGGAUGCAUUUCUUUGACACUGCUUAUAGUACUGCUAGCACAGACAAAAUGUUCGAACUGUGAUAACUGAAGUGAUUUAAGCAUAUAGCUGUUUUGAUUCCAACUAUUAAGAAAAUAAUAGAGAUAAUUUAAAUGUUUCUUGCAUAUUUAGAGACCUGAGAGCUCAUGGUUGAAGAAAAUGUGAUUUGUAAAAACUGGAGUGAUAGAAUGUCAAAAGUGAGUUUUUUAUAAUGGACAUCUAAAAACUGUGUAUUCCUCCAAAUAUCGUCAGACUGUAGCUCUCAGCAAUCAUUGUUAGGAUGACCAAGUAACAUGGGGAAUUGUAGUCCAGCAAACAUCUAAAAGGCCACCAAAAUCCUAACUCUGAUAUAAAGCAAAUAAUACGUUUACUCCUUUUGCUCCUCUAAGUAGAUCUGCCAGUUGCUAAUUCUGACAUUUUCUAAUUGCAUAUCAUUUAGAGAUCUAUUCAGUGUAUUACAAAACUAUAUACAGCCUUCUAUUCUCUCUCCGUAACUUUGUAAGAUAUGCUAUAUUUUAUAUAUCACACUAAAAUUGUUCAGUUUUAACAGGCCAGAAAUUCUUCAGUGUGCAAUGUGUAAACUUGCUUUAGUAUUAUACUAGAAUAUUAACCUCAAAAAGGACAACUGACGUCCUGCUAGUGAGGUUGUGUAUUUAACUUUCCUUGUUACACAUUUCCCGAAAAUAAAGAUUAUCACUAGCA